AUGACUAAGGAGAAAAAAGAAUUGCAGCCGGGAAAGGCCGGUUUGAAGACCCCAAUUCUUUCGUUCAAUGCAAGUUAUAUCGCUUAUGCCCAUACUAUCUUUGCUUAUAGUGCAUUUUUUGCAGCUUUAAUUGUUGGUUGUUACUUACAUUAUGAAAAGAUUGUGGAAAAUGCUAGCUGGGGUUAUCCUGAUGAAUGGUUUCCUAGUGUUUCUGCCACUAUUGGGGACAGGUAUCCUGAAAGAUCAGUUUUCCAAAUUUUAAUUGCGUUAACGGCAGGUCCAAGAUUCUUGCUAUUAGCUUUUAAUUUUAUUAAGUUGUAUAAGUCGAAUUCUUCGUUACCUUAUAUCGGGAUUUUCUCCGGUUUCAUAAGAACUAUUACUUGCGGGGGGUGGGUUUAUAUCACCUCCACCGAUGAUCAUGAUUGGCAUGAUAUUUUCAUGAUUAGUUAUAUUGUAUUAACCAUUCCGUGGACGAUUAUUAUAAGUAAGUUGUCUCCUCCAGGGUCUUUGGUUAGAAGAGGUAGGUAUUUAACUGCUUCAACGUUUUUCCUUACUUUAAUUCCAUUGAUUUAUUGGUUUAUUCAACAUAAAGUUCAUGAUCGUGCCGGAGCUUAUUCUGUUUAUGCUUAUUUUGAAUGGUCUUUGAUCAUUCUAGAUGUUGCCUUUGAUACUUGGUCAAUUGUGGAUUUCAAAGACUUGGAAAUUCAAAUCUUUGGUGAUGGGUUCACUUUAGCAAAUAAAGCAAAACCCCCCACUGAAAAAACUAAUGACUUGGAUGAAUAUUCUACUUUUGAAUUCAUCGUCAAUACCAUCAAUUCUUUCUUUCUCUGGACUGUUAUCACCUCUCUUUUAUUAUGUGUGUGGUAUUUCCCAUUAUGGCAUAUGGGGCUUUCAGGUUAUGAAGCAACGAUUCUGAUUUUCGUUAUUGCUCCUUUUAUUUUAAUUAUUCCCUUUAUUAGAAAUUUUUUUUCAAGAUUUCAAUUCUUAGCUAGAUCUUUGACCAUUUUAUUGGGUCUUGGUUCAUAUAAAGUUGAAGAUCCAGAAUCAAGAUUAUUAAUUAUUACCGCCGGUACUGGUUUUGGAAUUAUUGCUUUAAUUACUGAAAUCUGGACCUUGUCCAAUCAACCAAAGAAGUUGAACGCUUUUGCAGUUUCUUUUCUCUUGGGUUUAUUGGCUUCCUCAAUCAUCAAGUAUUCAAGUUAUUCAAAUAAUCCUUUUUGGCCAGUCAUGCAUAAAGAAAAUGGUGGGUUGAACGAAAUCGGAAUCUUCUUGGGUUUGUUCGCUGCUUUUUUCACUCCUUCUUUAAAUUCAACGACUUUUAAGCUUUCAACUGAAAGAUCGGGUGGUUCCAUCUUUUUAUCCGCCUUGGGCUUUGGUGCUUAUCUUUUCUCAAUCCAAUUCCUUAUAAGUGACUCUUCAACCUUGAUAUUUUGGGCUUGGGAUGGUUAUCCAGUUACUGGUCCAACCCCAAUCACUGGAGCUCUUAUCAAUUUCUUCGCUAUAGGUUUAGGUAUUACUCUUUCAGUAAAGGUUCAUUCUAAUGCUUUCCUGGGUCCAACCUAUAACUUACUUGCUGGUGCAGCAAGUGCCUACAUUCUUUACUCUUAUAAAGGUUGGUUAGGUUAUGCUGGCUCUACUGUUUACAGUUUUUACUUAUCCACUUUGGCUCCUUUAAUUUGGCAAUCAACUGUUGGUUAUAAUCCCUCCCUCCUCUUCACCUUAGCCUUCUUUUAUUCAAUUGUUUUUUCUCUAGCUAGUGUUUGGAUCGUAGCUUAUGCUUUCGUUCCUGGUGGCCCAUUAUUAAGAGAAAGAACUGACCUUGUUUUGGGUAGUUCCUUUGUUGGUAUUUUAGCGGGUAUCUUAAAUUAUAAUUUAAGAAACCGCAGUUCUCAUAUCACACGUAUCAAUACCAUUGGUAAAAAAUUGUUUAAACAAACUUUUGCAAUUCUUACCGUUUUCCUUGCCUUCUCUAUCGCUGUUUUUUUCAAAAGAUAUCCUACUAAACCAUAUCAACCAUACAAUUCAUCAUCUCAAUCAUUCACUGCUGGUAUUUGGUGUGUUCAUUUUGGCUUGGAUAAUGAUAUGUGGUCAAGUGAACAUAGAAUGAAAGAUUUGAUCAAAGAAGCUGAAGUCGAUAUUAUUGGUUUACUCGAAAGUGAUACUCAAAGAUUAAUUGGGGGUAAUCGUGAUUUUACUCAAACUAUUGCCGAAGAAUUAGGUAUGUAUGCAGAUUAUGGUCCAGGCCCAAAUCAACAUACUUGGGGUGCAGCAUUACUUUCUAAGUUCCCAAUUGUUAGCUCAAGUCAUCAUUUGUUACCUUCUCCAGUUGGUGAAUUGGCACCCGCUAUCCAUGCUACUUUGGAUAUCUAUGGUGAAUUGGUUGAUGUUGUUGUUUUCCAUUCUGGUCAAGAAGAAGACGAAGAAGAUCGUAGAUUACAAAGUUUAGAACUUCAAAGAAUCAUGGGUGAAUCAGAAAGACCUUUAGUUCUUUUAAGUUACUUGGUGACAAAUCCUUAUGAAGGUAAUUAUAACACCUAUGUAAGUGAUAAAUCAAGAAUGCGUGAUAUCGAUAGCAAUGAUUGGGAUAGAUGGUGUGAAUAUAUCCUCUUCAGAGACUUGAAAAAAGUUGCUUAUGCCAGAAUUUCAAGAUCUACAAUUACUGAUACCGAAUUACAAAUUGCUAAAUUUAAACUCUUAGAAGAAUACCAAAUUGAAGAGGGUAAUGACUUCAUCUAUGGUAAUCACUAUAUAGAUGAAGACGAGGUUGAUGAAAGCUUGAGAAUGCCUCAAUUGUUUAGAGGUGACGGUGUAAGAGGCCAUAGAUACCAUGUUUUCGAUGAACCUCGUUAUUUUGCUGAAAGACCUUCGCAAGUCCGUAAUGACGAUUAA